AUGACACCAGACACCAGAUGGCUGGGAAUAGACCAUCCUUUAUUUGACUAGCAAAUAUCACAGAACAAUUGAGGCAGCCUUUAGCUCUCUCUUUCCAUUUUCUUCAGCCAAGGUUUCAGUUUCCAUUCUGAGUUUGACCCUCCCAUUUCUAGGAGAGGACAAUAAAGCCUGCAGCACCUUCCUCAUGAGACUACUGAAACAUUUUUCGUACAGACGUGACAUCCAAGAUGAGUAUGGAACCUGACAGAACUUUGAGAACAAAACUUCACCAGCUGGAAUGCCACUUCACCUGGGCUCUAUUAAAAGAUGAUAUAGAUCUCAAUGAUGUUAUCAAUAGGCUGGAAGAACAGAUUAAAUUGGAUCUUGGAAAGAAAGAAGGACUUGCCCGAACAUACAGUGCUUUGGCAUAUAUCCAUUUCCUUCUGGGGUUUCACAAGGAGGCACAUGACAACCUCAUGAUAUCCGUGGAGCUCCACAUGGAAUGCCAUAGGGAUGAAUUUCAUAAGACACUUAUUGUCACUUAUGGAAACCUUGCCUGGUUAAACUACCACAUGAAAAACUACACCGAGUGUGAAAUUUACCUGAAGAAGCUCCAGAAGAUAAACGAAACAUUUCCAAAAGAGUUUUCAUCUGUUCCAGAGGUGCUUGGUGAGAAGGGAUGGACUUUUCUUAAAUUCUCACGCAAAUAUUACGACAGAGCCAAAGAAUGUUUCAGGAAGGCUUUAGAACUGGAACCAGAUGAAGGUGAAUGGAAUGCUGGUUAUGCCAUUGCUCUGUAUCGUACUGAAUACGAGAGUUUGGAGUACACUUCGGAGGAUUCAUCUACAAUCAGGCAACUGAGAAGGGCCAUUGACAAGAAUCCAGAUGAUGACGUUCUCAAGGUCCUCUUAAGUUUGCGACUGGUUGUUUACAAGAGGUACAGAGAAGCUGAAAGCUUGGUAGAAAAGGCUUUAGAAAGAUCUCCAGAUCACCCACAUGUCGUUCGAUAUGUUGGGAAAUUCUUCAGGAAUCAAGGGUCUGUGGACAGGUCAAUCACUCUGUUGAAGCGAGCUGUUGAACACUCACCCAAUUCAAGUUUCAUACAUCAUCAGUUGGCUCUCUGCUAUAAGCAGAAGAAAAUCCAAAUUCUGCAAGAACAAAGUCACCAUUCCAAGGGGUCAAGAGUUCAACAGAUUCGUGAUCAGUGCAUCUACCAUUUAGAAAAGGCUACCAGCCUGAUGACCUCCUUUAUUUCUGCAAUGAGCGAUCUAGCACUGAUGUACGGAGAGAACCAUGACAUGUCUCGGGCUGAGGAGCUGUUCCGGGUCACUUUCAAAACAGCUGAAGAGAAAAAUGACAAUUUACAUGUGGUCAAUUUUUAUUAUGCUGAAUUCCAGCUAUACUGCCACAAAUGUGAGUCGUUAGCUAUCAAACACUACACGGAAUGUCUGAAGAUGAGCCCGAAAUCAGUCGAAGGGAAGAGAAGUGCCAAAAGUUUGAGGAAGAUCGCUGAGAAACGGAUUCGGAGAAACUCGCAGGAAGGGGAGGCUUAUGGGAUACUAGGGUUCCUUCAUAAGGAAAAAGGAGAGAAACAUCAAGCCAUUGAGUGCUAUGAGAAAGCUCUGAGUUAUGAAGACAAUGAUGAGUUCCUCAGUAACCUUAGUGCACUCAGGCUGUCCUUACACUAAAGUCAUCACAAAUUAUAUGAUUACACAAUUAUGCAAUAUGCAUUUGGGUGUGCUUCAUGUAUUGGCACUUUAUUACUAUUUAUGACUGUAUAAUGGAGAUAAAAAAUAUUGUCAGAAUAUAUAUAAUAUAUUGUAUCUUUAUGCUUUAAGAUUAAACUAACAUAGGCCUAACAUAGUUGUAAAAUAUUUAACAGUAUGUCAAACUGUGAUACUUUAUCCAAAAGGCACUUUAUAAGAGUUUGAAAGUUGAAAUAAAAUUCAUAAUGUAUAUAA